AUGAUAAUACAUUUCAUUUAUUUUCUUAUUCUCAUGAUAUCCUCUGUGAUAUGUAAAGAUACUUUUGGAUCUCAUCGUUUGACAGCUUAUGUGACUGAUUGGGCAUUCCCAACAUCCAUUCCUUGGCAUAAAUUGGAUCAUGUUAUUUAUGCUUUUGCCGUCCCUGAUCAAUAUGGUCGUCUUGGUCAAUUCAAUGGUGAUCAAUUACAACAACUCGUUACACAAGCUCAUGCUCAUCAUAAAGGUUGCUCCUUAAGCAUCGGAGGUUGGACAGGUUCUGUUUAUUUUAGUUCUUUGAUCAGGACACCUACUUCUCGUGAACGUUUUGCAAAUAACUUGAUUCAUUUGGUUCAACAAUACAAACUUAAUGGCAUCAAUCUUGACUGGGAAUAUCCUAAUGCUGACAAUGGUGUCUCUUGUAAUCAAGCACAUCCAUACGACACGGAAAACUUUUUAACAUUUGUACAACUGUUACGAAAAAAACUAGACAGUGUAUCUUCUGACGAACACAAAGUGAUCACGGCAGCAGUGGCAUCCAAGGCAUUCAAUGGACGAGACAAGCAACCUCUUCGACGUCUGGACAAGGGUUGGUCAGUGGUAGAUGCUUUUUAUGUAAUGGCAUAUGAUUUGCGAGGCAAUUGGGAUACGGUGACAGGAGCCAAUGCACCUCUGAAAGGACCAGGUACCACAGUCAAGAGUGCGAUCAAGGAUUGGAUGUCGGCCGGCAUUCCUCGCAAUAAAUUGGUGGUAGGCGUACCGUUCUAUGGUUAUGUGACACGGACCAAUCCCAAGGCUAGAUAUACAACCUCGAUGGCCAUUCCUUUGGUACCCAACAGUGCUCAAAUCCGAGGUGAUAACUAUGAUACUCCAGAAGUCGAACCUUGUCGUGGUGCUUCCAAAGGUGUGUAUUCUGGUGAAUAUCAAUGGCGCUCCAUUCAACGUGAUGGUAUUUUACACAAUCAAGGGGGUUGGCAUUCUGUCUGGGAUCGUACCACUCAAACCCCUUAUUCCGUCAAUCGUGCUAGCAACAAGUUUCUGACGUUUGAUGAUCCAAAAUCCUUACGCUCAAAAGCAGAAUUCGUGGAUGAUUAUGAUUUGGCUGGGAUUAUGAUUUGGUCAUUGGAAAUGGAUGAUAGUCAAAACUCUUUGUUAAACUCUUUACAAUCGGUCCGUGAUGAUUGAAACACCAUGGUGGUUCUUUCUGUUUUCCAUUAGAUCUAUUCGAUUUCCUUGUUACUCUUAGCCUUUGUUAUUCCCAUUCCAUUCACUUUAUUUAUUAUUGACCCCAUUUGUUUUAUUCCCUAGUUAUUUAUGCGCUAGAGUAUUUAUUUUAUUCUCCCCCCUUUUGCUAUCGUAGAUUAUAGUCGUCUUAUUUAAUAUUUAUAAAUAAAGUAUCUAACAAAAAACAA